AGAUAUUUGAAAUUUUUACCUGGCAUCUCUGUUCAUCAGUGAUGUUCCAUUGUUUAUAAAAUCGAGUCAAAUGGCUAAUGUUUUAUUAAGUGAAGCAGAAAAAACAUUCAUACUACAUGGCAUUCAGAAGGACUAUAGGAACGAUGGUCGAACAAAUCGCGACUAUCGACCUAUGGAGCUUGAAACUGACAUCGUUGUUCAUGCAAUGGGAUCGGCUCGACUUCGACUUGCCAAUACGGACAUUUUGGUUGCUGUGAAGGCGGAUAUCGACGCUCCUAGUAUCGAUCGUCCGAACGAGGGUAAAAUUGAAUUCUUCGUAGAUUGUUCCGCGAAUGCUACACCUGACUUUGAAGGUCGCGGAGGAGAAGAGUUAGCUACCGAAAUUUCCAACACUUUGGCAAAAGCUUACCUUUCAAGACAAGUAUUCGAUCUCAGGCCUUUGUGCAUACUGGCCAAGCAUCAAUGCUGGAAAUUGUACGUCGAUAUAUUGAUCUUAGAAUGUGGUGGUAAUUUGUUUGAUGCUGUAUCUCUGGCAGUAAAAGCUGCAUUAUUCAAUACCAAAUUGCCACGGGUAUCAUCAGCCGAACUGGAUGGUGGUUCUCUCGAUAUCAUGCUUUCUGAUGAUCCAUACGAUUGCGAAAGGUUGAAUAUUCGGCGUGCUCCGUUGUUAGUAACGGUUUGCAAAAUUGGAGACCAUUGUGUGGUAGAUCCUUCGGCUGAAGAGGAAGAAUGUAGUGCUAUAAGUGUUGUGAUUGGAGUAUCAUAUCGCAAUGAUGAUCAGGGAUCUGUUACUUCAAUAAGAACUUCUGGAGAAGGGUCAUUUCACGCUGAUACAUUGAACAGGAGCAUAGAGCUUGGUGUUAGUGCAGGCGCUUUUCUUCAUAAGACACUAAUGGCUGUACUGGGAACUGACGAAGAACGAAAUGCUAAACCUCUCGGAGAAAAAGAUAUAUUUGGAUUUAUGAAAUAAAGUUUAUAAUGAAAGCUUCAUAA